UUGCACCUUUUCGAUGUAUGAAUAUUAUACCCCGAAUUCAACAAUACUGAUACGGAUGUAUGUAUUACUAUGUGUUGAUUUUUUGUAAGUGGGAUAUAUCCUGAAAAUAAGCAUGUUUAAGUUUGGAGCAGUAUUAAUGGUUGUGUUUAUAAAUGUCCACAUUCCCACAUCCGUCCUUUGUUCCGACCUCAAGACAAUUGAUGUCGAUAACCUAAUGCUUUUAAAUGUUGCUGUCAAGGGGAGACUAAUCAACAAACUGACAGAGGCGAUAAAAGAAGCUCAGACUUCGCGGCAGGUGUUAGUAGGGGAGGUAAAAGACUGUCUGGUUCAGGCCUCGGCUAGUCACGUGUUAUGUAGGGAGUGUGUUCGAAAUCUCUGUGAGAAAAGGACUUUACAGUGUAAUGGCAACAUAAAUGAAGUGGAGAUCGUAAUGAAGAAAGAAGAAGAGACACCAAUUCCGGAAGUGAAAAUUGUGGAACCGGAUGUAAAGCUAGCAGAAACAGUGAUAGAAAUGUCAAAUACAGCUAAAGACGAUCUUUUGAAAGAAGUUCCAGAGAGUUUGCAAAAUGAAGGAAAAUAUUUAGUGGAGGAGGCACAGACGGAAUCUAAAUUGGAGACCCUUAGACGGACACUAGGGGAAGGGUUCCACAAAGCAAUGGAUACUAUUCCAAAACUGAUCCCAAAAGUGAAAGACGCAUUCAUCAACAUGGAAACCCAACUUUCUGAUCCUCAAACCAUCGAUCGUUUGGCCAAUGGUGCUGCAGAGCAGGUUGCCAUAGCAAUGCAAGGAAAGCAAGAAGUAGAAGAGGAGUUAAAUCGCAACAUGGAUGUCAUCCAGCAGAAACUCCCAGGAGUUCUAGAGACCGUUAAUAACCACUUCAGCAACAUGAUGUCCUCUGUCAAAUCCUUCAUGAGAACCACUGUUCAGAAGGUGAACCAGAUGCAAGGAAGUGAAAAAUUUGGAAAGAUUUUUAAUUUUCCAAAGUCUGGGAAUGACGAAAAGAAGUGGUCCACAUCAAUUAUUUCUUUACACAUUAUGAGACCGGAUGGAAAAGUGACGUCAUGGAGAAAAUCUAAUCAGAUGAUGACACCUCAAGUGUCCCUAAAUCCAAAUCAGGCUCCACGACCCACCCAAAUCAGCCAGAUUCCUAGGCGGUUCCAGAGAGGUGCCAAUGACGCCAGCUGUGAUGACAUAGCAAAGAAUCCUCAGCAAGCUUGCGAAGUUUAUCACUUCCAAUGCCAGUCCUGUGCAAAUGACACAAUUCUGCUACAGCACAAAUGUGGGAAGGCAGCCCUGAAGAAAAUGGUCGACAUUAAGAUGCUGGAUAUGAAGACUGCCAUGUAUGUAACAGUGUACACCAAGUACCUCAGACACGGUCUGGUGGUGGAGAAGGUGAAGUAUGAUGCAAACAGUUACGAUUCUACCAACAAAGUGUAUAGGUCAGCAUUUGUUACGGCAAAACUCGGCAAGAAAAUUAUCACUUACGAGACUUCCGCUUUACCGGCAUUUACCGAUUUGUCUUCGUCUGGUGGAGAAAUUGGAGAAGAAUUGUGGGAAAUUAUGAAUAAUGAAGACGAAUUCGAGCCAGGUCAUUUUGUUAAAUCCUUUGAAGAUGAUUUAGAAGAAGCCUACAAUUUGAGACAAACUGCUAAAUCUGGAUGCGUUCAAUCUGCCGUCAAUUCAGUGGUGUUUACAGUGCUAGGAGUGAUUUUCUACUUCGGCUUCAUUGCCUUGUAAAAACAAAAAGGUGAAAAUAUCAAAAUAUUUGGAUGAUAUUCUUCCAUUAAUUAGAACAAGAAUAGAAUUUUAUAUAUAUAUAAAAUCAUCUGCAUAUAUUAAG